ACAAGACGGGCCUCAAAUCCAAGGUAUGCGAGCACUGAAGGCGCUAGCUUUAAAGAUUUGCUAAACUAGCUGACGCAUGCCCUGACUCUGCGGGAGUGUCUUGAGCUUUCUGUCAGCUAGGUUCGCUGGUAGCUAGGCGCUAGCGUGUUCGGUUUGUCUCUUCUUCAUGAGUGCACGCGAAGCGGCGACAUGCGUAUGAUUAUGGUGCGCUUGUGUGUGCUCAUCUCUUGGGGCAUCUUGCUUGCUGGAAAGGUCGCAGAAGUUGCUCAGCGCGAUACAGCGGCAGGAUGCACGGCAGGGACGAGUCUCGGGCUCGGCCUGCUUUAAUGUGAAACGCUAGUCACCCGGCUGCGCUCAGCUUUUUAAGAGAGGGCUCGUAGCUUGGCUGGAUCUGUGAUUUUUCGGCGUUUGUUACUUAGUUAGUUGGAUGUUUGCGUACUUAGUUAGACGGCUAUCUCCUUUAGCUUCGUGGCCAGCGCCUCGUCUCUGUGGUUUUCUAUCAAAACGCUCGCACGCUGGGGCCUUCGGCUGCUCACUUAGUUAUUAGGUAGCUGACUACUUGGCGCGGGCGGCGCUUUCAAGAAGAUAUUACCCCAUAGGUAGCGUCAGGGCUUUGGAGUAGUUACUGCUAUUAUUUCUGGCGAAGUCAAGUGCGUUCGUACUACGUACGCGCGUAGUAGUAGUAGCAGUAGUAGCAGUUGUCUGCUCUUCCAUUUUCAGAGGGUUGGCUGAUGGACAUGCCGUCGCUUCUCUGUGGCGCUCUAAUAGCUUGGCGCUCUCGAGGCGAAGCACGUGCUAGCAGUGUUGUCGAAGCACUCUCAGUGCAACCGAAUGCCGCAGGCACUAAGGGUUAUGGCGCUCCCAUCUUGGCAGGGACUAACUAAAACUAUGGUGCACUCGUUGCACGUGUUGCGGCUGUUGUUGUUGCUUGGUCGCUUUAUUGUUUAAGAAGUCGCCGCCUUCACUAUGGUCUUCUAAUGGUUGGGAGAAGAGUACGCGCAUGACCUUGACUGGCCGUGGGGCGAGAAGAUG